GGCGCGUUGAACUACUUUUUCGGGCUGUACAAGGACGUCCUGCCUACGCUCGACGGGUACAUUACCGACACGCGAUUGCUUCGUCGGGCCGAGGUCAAGAAGGAAGGCGAGGCGGAGAACAAGGAAAACGAAAGCGAAAGCGAAGACGAAGACGAAGAGCCGCGGGAGCGGAUGCUGAUCCACUUCGACCGCCUCGAGGCGUUCCUGGCCAAGCUGGCCGGCAAGGAGGAAGAGAUCCUCAAUAGGCGGGUCGCCCAGAGGAUUCGGGACUACAGGAGAAAGAAGGGCAACCGCAAGAGGCGCCUGUUCGGUCUCAUUCGCAAGCGACAGAAGGAGGAGGAGCGGACCGCCGCUCAGCUGUCGGCCGCCGUGGCCCGCGCUUCGUCAAGCACGCCCGCCACCACCAGCGGCAGCGCCAAGCCGGCCCCCGGCGGCACGCCGCAACUGAUCGACCUGGGGGAGUUCAUCGACUUCGGGCAGUCGGAGUGCCUCAACGCCCGGGACUCGGAGGCGCUCAAGGCCGUGUUGGGCGGGGCUGGUGAGGAGGCCUCCACUGCCACCCGCGCCGAUGUAUUGUCGAGCGACAGCGACGAGCAGCUGCUCAUCAAAAUCGCGUUCAAAGAGCGCGUGAAGCUUCAGUCGAUCGAAGUCCUCGGGCCGAACCAGUCGGCCCCGCGCAACGUCAAGCUCUUCGUCAACAAGCCCAACAUGACCUUCGACGACGUAUCGGACGAGGCGGCCGAUCAAGAGUUCGAGUUCGAGGAGCAGCAGGUGAACGACGCCGCGGAGCAGGAGGACGACGAACCCGUCGGGUCCAAGGCCCACGCCCUCAAGGCCACCAAGUUCCGCACACUCACGCACCUCACCGUGUUCAUUGAGGGCAACCAGGGGAGCGAGGACCACACGAAAAUGAGCCACCUGGCGCUCUACGGUUUGCCCCCUGGCCACCACCGACCUCUCCAAGCUCAAGCGCGUCAAUCGCAGGCGCGGCCGGCGCGGUCGGCAGCCACAGGCGCCGAGAGGGCCGCCGAGGAGCACCACCGACCGCUGACCGACGAGGAGCGCCGGCUUUUCCAGGAGCUGGACCGCGAAGCCGAGGCCGAGCUGGAAAGCGAUGUGCUGCUGCGCUCCCUCAAGUCCCUGCCGCCUUCGGCCACCGGCGCACAGAUCGCGGCCCUCCUUUCGGCAUCCGGCGACGCCGAGGAGGCCCAGGCGGCCGUCACGGAGAGCGCCGCCAGCAGGAAGCUCGAGGUCGAUCUGCAGCUGUGGCGCCGCAACUACUACCUGCACAAGAUGAACAUCCUCGUACCUUCGUCAUCUUCGUCGUCUUCAUCGUCAUCGACAAGUUCACCGACACCUGCGCCUUCCAUCUUCUCCACCACGGCAUCGGCCUCUUCGCCGUCUCCGUUUUCUCUGACAAGCGGAGGGUUCGCCUCGUCGUCUUCAUCCGGUUCGCCCUUCUCUUUUGCCGCCUCUCCGGCUUCUUCGACUUCUUCGACUUCGUCGUCUCCUUCGCUGGCCUCCCUGAUCGACAGCUACGUCGAGGGCCUCGUCUGGAUCUUUAAGUACUACUACGAGGGCUGCGCCUCAUGG